GUCAUGGGUCACAGUCUUCCACAGUGCUUCAGUAUUGGUUAGAGUCCCCUACUCACAGAAGAUAAAAACAAACAUCAUCUUCAUUUCACUUCAAUAAUUGAGAUUCCUCCCUAUCUGUUCCCUUCCUGCCGCUGUUAUAAUGAUUGUUAUUGUUAGCCAGUCUGAGUUAUACACGUGCAUUUGAUGUGGCCCCUUGUUUACUAGUAGGUAAUUGCUGUUAAGAUCUAAGACCCCUUCCACCAACAAAAUACUUGUAGCUGCCAUAUUCUCAUCUGUCUGCUUGGAGGAAGAGGGAUACUCUCCUAACUCCAACUCUGCCUCUCCAGUUUACAUCCUUGCCAGUCUCUCUACACACUGUCACCAUACCGUGGUGUUCAGACUUCACAGGCUGCAACUGCCGUGAUUCAGAUGUCUUUGCAGAGGCACAGCCGGAGUAAUGGGGGCAUCUUCGACUUCCUCUCUCAGAUUUUUAGAGAAGUUUGUGUGUUGGAGUACCAGGGAUGGAGAAGAGGCGCCUCCCUUCGUCGUCUGCCAUGAUCCGCUUGUCAAGAAAGAGCUACUGUCAUCUGGAACGCAACUCACUUCUUACUGUAAUAUUGCUCUUGGGAAGUUAAGGCAGAAGAGGCUCUUCUUGGAGCAAUCUGGAGCAUCCUUCAUUGUUAUGCCAUGCCAGUUCUUACAUGCCUGGCAUGAUGAGAUUUCACAGGGUUGUUCGGUUCCUUUCCUGCAUGUUGGGGAUUGUGCCGUAAAGGAACUCAAAGCUGCAAACUUGAAACCUGUUGAGUAUGGAAGUAAUGUACGUGUUGGGAUUCUGGCCACCGACAAUACGUUUGCCACGAACUGUUAUCUAGACAAGCUGGAGAGCCAGGGGUUUGAGGUACUAUGUCCAGAUAAAGCUUCCAUGGAGCGUACGGUGUUACCAUCAGUCGAUGCAUUUCGGAAGGGGGACAUGGAAGGCGCGAGAAAUCUACUGCGAGUAUCACUCCAGGUUCUUCUCGUGAGAGCUGUCAAUAUGGUGAUCCUUGCAUCUGAUGACCUUGUAGGGAUCUUGCCUGAUGAUGACCCUCUGCUCAAGAAAUGUAUGGACCCAUUGGAUGCCUUGGUCAGAGAGGCCAUCAUAUGCGCAAGAACACCACGACCAUGAUAUGCCUCAGCUUACUCCGGUUCCUCGUAUCGGUUCCCAGUGGUAGCUGCUUGCGCUUUUGAGUGCCGAUGAGCACAUAUGUAAAUUCUAAGAUAGAAAGAAGGAUUCAUCUCAUAAAAAUCCUUGAUAGUUCAAUGCAUUAUGCAUGUUGAUUUGGGUAUGCAUCUGCUUUGCAAGUUGCAACCAAGUCAAAGAUGCUGAUGACUCCAUCUGUGAGCCCAGAUAUGUAAGUUCUUUUUUUGGUGGUUUGGCUACUCCAGAAAAAAAAAUUCCAAACAAGAAUCUAGGAAUCAAAUAGCUGAUGUGAUGUUUCUCGA